AUGGAAGAAGAGAAGAAGACAAUUAGGAGUUGCAGUGAGUGCAAGACCACCAAGACACCAAUGUGGAGAGGUGGACCAUCUGGUCCCAAGUCACUUUGCAAUGCAUGUGGGAUUAGAUUUAGGAAACAAAGACGGUCCGAGUUGUUGGGUAUUCGUAUUAUUCACAGCCACAAAGACUAUAAAAAGAUAAAUCCAUCACUAUCAUCAACAUCGUCACCAUCAUUAUCACAUGGUGGCGUGGCUUUGAAGAAACGGCGGAUUCUAAAGGAAGAAGAACAAGCUGCUCUUUGUCUACUAUUAUUGUCUUGCAGCUCUGUUUUCGCCUGAGAAGGAAAAACAAAGUAUUCUUACUUUGUUCGACGUUCUUUGGGCCAUUCUUUUGAGCAGGUGUAUGUAACACACUAAAGUUGGGCCUAUUUUGUGUUAGCCGCCGGCCCGUAAUGAUCGUUGGUCAACGCUCAAAUGAAUCUUUGGAUCUGACUAGAGUUGGUUCAGAUUUGAUCCUGUUUGGUACAACCAAAAUAUUUUUCUGUGUUAACUAAAUUUUCUUCUGUUUAAUUACGUAUAUCAAACAAAACCAGAGAAAAAAAAAACAAACGUGUACGUAUUUC